ACAGAGAAAAAAGAAAUAGAAAGGAAAGGAAAAAAACCCCAAAAAGAAGGCACAAAGUUAGUGAAUCUAGUAAGGUUUGAUGGGAUUGCAAACAAUUUGUGGAGUGUUAAUCAAAGGCAUGACCCACCAAUAAGGUCCCAUUGCUUUGGACAAUUGCAAUCUAUUGAUUUGCAAAAAUGCACUCCACCUGUUUGACGACAAUGGCCAAAGAACUUCUUCACCUUUCCCCAACUGGGUCUCUAUCUCUGUCUCUGUCUCUUUACACUCUCUGUUUCCCAAACCCCACCAUCGAUUUUUUUCCCCUAGUGACCUUCUACUUUGAUCUCCCUCGGUUCAUUUCCUCCGAAUGGACCGAACCAACAUGCUGCAGCUCCAGCAACAGUUGUCUCUCGCCAAGUCUGUGCGCCACCGUUGCAAUGAAUGGUGGGUGCUAACUGCUAAUUGAUGAUGAUUAUCAAUCCUCUCAGCAAAUGUAAGCAUUUCUUCGUUUGAAUAAUUGGCUAUUGGUUCGUGUAGGAUUUUUCGUGAUGUUCCUAGCGAUAUUACAAUAGAAGUGGCUGGAGUGACAUUUUCCUUGCAUAAGUUCCCUCUCGUCUCUCGAAGUGGGCGGAUUCGAAGGUUAGUUGCAGAGCAUAGAGAUUCUGACAUCUCGAAGGUGGAGCUUCUCAAUCUACCAGGAGGGGCUGAGUCUUUUGAGCUGGCAGCAAAAUUCUGUUAUGGGAUCAACUUUGAAAUUACUCCGGGAAAUGUUGCUCAGCUAUGUUGUAUAUCUGAUUAUCUUGAAAUGACUGAAGAGUUCUCAAAGGAUAAUCUUGGUUCGCGAGCUGAAGAAUAUCUCGAGAGCAUCGUCUCCAAGAACCUUGAAAUGUGUGUUGAAGUGUUGCAGCAAUGUGAGAACUUACUCCCUCUUGCCGAUGAGCUGAAAGUAGUUAGCCGCUGCAUCGAUGCAAUAGCAUCGAAGGCUUGUUCAGAGCAAAUUGCUUCAAGCUUCUCACGCUUGGAGUAUAGCAGUUCAGGGAGACUUCACAUGAGCAAGCAGGCCAAGUGUGAUAGUGACUGGUGGAUUGAAGAUAUCUCUGUUCUUCGUGUCGACUUGUACGAAAGAGUCAUUACUGCCAUGAAAUGUCGAGGGGUUCGUCCUGAGAGCAUAGGUGCAUCCUUGGUGAAUUAUGCUCAAAGAGAGUUGACAAAGAAAUCCAGCUUAUGGAACCCAUCUGGCCAGACAAAAGUUGAUUUUGUUACAGGGUCAAAUGGUCAAGAAAAAAUUGUUGUCGAGACAAUAGUCAGCCUUUUGCCAGUUGAAAAAUUGGCUGUUCCAAUCAAUUUCCUUUUCGGGCUUUUGAGGAGUGCUGUGAUGCUUGAUUGCUCUGUUGCUUGCAGACUCGACCUCGAGAGAAGGAUAGGAUCCCAGUUGGAUAUUGCUACUCUUGAUGACCUUCUGAUUCCAUCCUUCAAACAUUCAGCUGAUACUUUAUUUGAUGUUGACACAGUUCACAGGAUUUUGGUAAACUUCUCUCAACAAGACGAUAGUGAGGAAGAAAUGGACGACGCCUCUGUUUUUGAAUCGGAUAGUCCUCGUUCGCCAUCUCAAAGUGCAUUGUUUAAAGUAUCCAAACUAGUGGACAACUACCUUGCUGAAAUUGCCCCUGAUGCAAACCUCAAGCUUUCAAAGUUCGUGGUCAUUGCAGAUUCCUUACCUUCACAUGCACGAACCAUCCACGAUGGAUUAUAUCGAGCCAUCGAUAUCUAUCUUAAAGCUCAUCAAGGUCUACCAGAUUUAGACAAGAAGAAGCUUUGCAAACUAAUAGAUUUUCAGAAACUUUCACCGGAGGCCAGUGCUCAUGCGGCUCAAAAUGAGCGCCUUCCUCUCCAAUGCAUGGUUCAAGUCCUGUAUUUCGAGCAACUAAGACUUCGUAAUGCAUUGUCGAAUUCUUGCGGCGACGAAGACUACAAACCUUCGCAUCAGUCGUGGCGGAUUAGCAGUGGUGCAUUGAGUGCAGCAAUGUCUCCACGAGACAACUAUGCAUCACUUAGACGAGAAAACCGCGAAUUAAAACUUGAACUGACACGGCUAAGGAUGAGAUUGAAUGAUCUCGAGAAAGAACAUGUUUGCAUGAGGAGGGACAUGCAGAAGUCCAGUUCUCGUAAAUUCAUGAGUUCUUUCUCAAGGAAAUUUAGUAAAAUGAGCUUGUUUCGGCAUAGCUCUUCAAGAGGUUCGAGUUCGCCAUCAAAACAUUCACAGAGGACAGAUUCUAAAGUGAUUGAAAGAACAUGUACAAGUGCAGAAUAGUUCCAAUUUACAUCACUUGGUGCAAUGCAGAGUCUCUUUUCUUUGUUAAGUAUAAUGCAAGUUCUUCCUUUUUUUCUUUAUUUCAAUCUACUUGUAACUUGUAAAUGAUUACUAUUGCCAAGAACUCUUCUUUGUUGAUGAUGUUUUUGGUAACUAAAUCUCAAUAGUAUUGAAUGUUAUAGACCAACUUUUUCUUAAAGGUUCAA